AUGCAGGCGGAUACCCUGCCCGCCUCACGCCAGAUCCGGCCCUUCCAUCUCCCUGCUCUUUACGGCGACGGGCGGGUGGAAAACCUACUGCCGGCGGGCAAAACACAGGCAGGUUUUCCACCCGCCUCAUUUACAUCCACGAAAAUAAAUAAAAAAGGUGGAAAGAACGGCAGAAAGGGCGACUCACCUUCUCCCGGCGACGACGACAAUGGCGAGCAGAGGAAGGCGUGGAUCGGCGGCAUUGCUGGGGAGAGUGAACGGCGGCGGCGUUGCAGGGAGAUGGAAGGGCGGCGGCUGGUCUUCGAAAUGAAAAGAAGGGGGGAGGCGGCGGCGUUGCUGGUCUCUACUGCGAAAUGGAAAGAAGGGGGAGGAGGCGGGCUGCUGCCUCUGCUGCGAUGGGAGUGGGGGUGUGGGGCGAGUAAAACAAUAUGGUAG